UGCUUCUUCUGCCGGUAUAUGACUGUGUGCGUCCCCCUAUCACGUGCAAGCAGGUCUGCGGAUCGCGUCCCUUCCUCCCUCUGCGCGCAGGAUGGAACCGAAGACAACCGAAUCGGACCCUCCAUCACAUCGCAACGGAAUCACCAAGGUUCUGCAGUACGGGGAAUUCACGACCACGGGCAACCGAAAGGUGAGGUACGCGGUGAGUUUAACCGAGAGGGACCUCACCAUUCAGAAGAUCACGUCAACACCUGCGGGACGGAGCAAGGUGGUUUUCAACUUGAGGGACUGUGUCGGCUGCCGGGCUCUCAGCGCAGAUGACAACGCGGACGCGGGAGCGUACUUCUCGGUCUAUUUCUACCCUUUUAAAAGACGAUGGAUGAGCUCUGGGGUGGCCAGGCAACGUGUCGAGCAGUGCUUUCGGGUGGCCCUGUUCCAGGACCCACGCGCCAACCUGGAGGAGGCAGAGAAAUGGGCUGACACCAUCCGGAAGAGCUCUGUUCGUCAGCAACAUUUGAGAAAUCGUGUGCUUUACAGUGAGGUGCACCGUUCCUGCAACGUCAUGCUACUGGUGAACCCCCACAGUGGGAAGGGCCAGGCCCUCAGCCUCUUCACUGGACAUGUCCAACGCAUGCUUAACGAGGCCGGGGUCCCACACACACUGGUCAUCACUGAGCGGCAGAACCAUGCCAGGGAGUUGGCGAGAGAGGCUGACCUGUCACAGUGGGGAGCUCUAGUCAUCAUGUCCGGGGACGGACUGCUGUUUGAGGUUGUGAAUGGCCUGAUGGAGAGAGAGGACUGGGAGGAAGCCAUCCAGACCCCACUGGGCAUCCUACCAGGGGGCUCCGGUAACGCCCUGGCUGCCUCUAUACACCACUACUCUGGGGCCCAGCCGGUGUCAAGCAAGGAGCUGCUGAUCAGCUGUGGCUUCCUGCUGUGUAAGGGCCUGGUGUCUCGCAUGGACCUGGCCUCUGUCCACCUGGGCUCCAGCCCCUCCAACCCCACGCGCCUCUUCUCCUUCCUCUCGCUGGCCUGGGGCUUCGUGGCUGACGUGGACGUUGAGAGUGAGAAGUACCGCCACGUGGGCGCCGCCCGCUUCACCAUGGGCACAUUGGUCAGGUUGGCAUCAUUGAGGGUGUAUAAGGGCCGUCUGGCAUACCUGCCGGUUGACGAGGUGGAUGGAGAGGAGGAUGGGCAAUCGCCAGUCUCGUUGGAGAUGACAAGCAUGUCACCUCAACACCAACCGCCAUCGUCUGCAUUCUGCUCCUCCACCCUCCUCUGCCAACCUUUGAAGGACUCCCCGUGCCAGAACACAGCCCACCUCACCUUCCACAACUCCCGUAACUCAAACAACGCCUUCAAGGCAAAGAAGAGGGAACCCAUGUCUGCAAAUGCCACCCUAACAGGCCCGCCAGACUCUCUCCUGGUGCCCCUGGACCAGCCGGUGCCCAGCGACUGGGUGGUGGUGCCCGAGGAGGACUUUGUCCUCAUGCUGGCCAUGUACCAGUCUCACCUGGCAAAGGACCUGUAUGCCGCGCCCGACUCUACACUUGAUGACGGCCUCAUCCACCUGAUAUACGUCCGAGCAGGCAUAUCGCGCACGGCCCUGCUCCGGCUCUUCCUGGCCAUGAAGAAGGGCACCCACCUAGCCAACAACAGCCCCCAUCUGGUGUACACCCGGGUGCGGGCGCUGCGGCUGGAGCCCUACUCGUCAAAAGGGGUGAUCACGGUGGAUGGGGAGAUGGUGGAGUAUGGGCCGGUCCAGGCCCAGGUACACGGUGGGAUAGCCAGGCUCAUCACUAGAUUAUAAACAAGAUCCACUGGAUGGAUAGCUAGCGUUAGCAUGUUAUGCUAAUAGAUAUGCUAUGCUAAAAGCUAACAUUAGUUAGCAUUUUCUGGACGAUGCUAUGCUAACAAUUAGCAUUAGCAUUUUCUGCUCACAUCUAAAGGGGAGGUGGGAUUAAUGGACUUUUUAGUCUUCUCUGAAUUUCUGCUUUGAAUUGGAAGUGCCACAAAGGAGUAGCAAGGCUAGAACACAAAAAGUUCACAAUGGGUGGGUACGUUUUAUUUCUUGAGCCCAAUGUUCUCAAUCUCCCAUUCUCCCCAUUAAUUAGCAUUUAGGCUGCUCUAAGAUGGAUUCCAACUAUCACAAAGCAACUGGCCUUUAAUUGGCUGUUGCAAGCUAUGACAUGGAUAGAUUACUAGAACCGAGGUGAGAGAUCAAUCAAGAGCUAAGCUGUUUUACUCCAUAAGCAUAACUCAUGAAAUAUGAAUAUUUUCACCCCACUGCAAAUCCCACCACCAUAACCCACCCACACAUACAAACAUUCUCCUUACCAGGGGUCCAUAUGAUGUGUCAGUCACCCACCCUGUCCCUCACAGACCCUGGGCAUGCUUUAUGUCUAUGGGAGGGCAUUGCAACUUCUAUUUUCUUUCUUAUGCAACGAAUGGGGUAUGGAUAGAUGCCUUCACUCCUCUCUUCCGCUGUGACGAGGAAAUAUGGAAGAUCCAUACAAUCUCCGGGAGCCAGCAUUGACAUUAUUGGAAACCAACUCAUUUGAAGCCAAGUAACACAAGGGGACAGUUGCGCCCGAUGCCGAAAUCAACCCUCAACCAUUGAUGCUCAAUUACCAUAUAGUUGUUUUUGAUUACCUUGAAGCUUGAGGGUCAGUAGUUUAUCCUAAGGCCUUGACCCUGACCCUGGACUACUUGAAGACCGGUUUUGGAUUUGAAAAGAUUGGAGUUUAUUUUGGAUUAGGCAUUGUGAUUAGCUGAAAACGCACCAUACUUCCAUGACUUGUUCAACCAGCCACCUUACAUUGACAUGCAAACAAGUAUACUAAAGAAGACACAUUUUCACGUAAUUUGACAUGUGCUCAUUUUAUACCUCAUAUUUCAAUGAACCGCUAGCUUUAAAAUGGCCUAGAGUGAGAGCCUGUUUAUUGUGUUGUGGCCUGUCCUGCAAAGGAAGGCAUGCAGCACAAGUCCAGGUUACGUGACUUUGUGCCUGUUUCGGGUCUCCAACUGCAGUCUUUCACCAUACCCCUCCCCCAUCCAUCCAAUUCAACCAUCCCCUCCCUUUCUCGACACUGCAGUGCACCACAGGGCAGUCCGUUGCUUUUGUCUGCCUGCAGCUACAGCUGACACACCAACAGUACACUACACGCAUACACACAGUACAGACCCCUUCCCCUUCUCGGCCAUCAUCACCUUUAUCAUAAAGCUUUAAAACACACACAGAAGGUAAAACUAUGAAAUGACAAGAGCAAACGAAAGCUAAUGUGACGCUAAUACAGUAGCUAGCCUGAGUUUACGCUCGUCAUAGCCCUCUUCUGUACCGAUUCUGAACUCUCGGAAGGAGGGCGAUUUAUUCUGCCUUAACACAAAAGGAAGACAGGGGGCGCUUGAUUAAACAGCACAUUGGUCAGGGGAUGGUAAAGAGGGAGGGAUGAGGGAGAGCAUGGACUUGUUAAAUGCUGCCUGAGGGACCAGCAUUGUGUGGGAUGCAUCCCAAAUGGCACCCUUUUCUCUGAAGUGCACUACUUUUGAACAGGACCCAUAUGGACACCGCCCUUCUCCACAGAUAAACAUGAUGUUCAUUCUCCACAGCAGUGUAACAUAAGGUUCUGACUGACACUGUGAAAGAAAGAUGUUUAUGUUCAUCUUGUUGGCUUUAGGGGAUAAGAGGUCAUGGAACUGGGGGAUACCCUGAGAGAAUGCUAUUGGGCCUCGGUUUAUAUUUUUUAGAGCCAAAGUGCCCCUGAUAUGAAUGAGUGCACAUUUGGGCCACAAGAUUUUACCAAAAUGCUAAAAUGUCCAUUUCAUGUUGUGAUAUUGUGUAUUUGACUGUCUUUGUUGUAAACCUGUCGUCAGGCCAGACUAAAUAAUUAUACAUGGGGGAAGACCAAAAUGACAAAUGUGAUUUUAGCUGCGGUGCAUGCAAAAGAAAGCACCUUGCAUUGAUGUACAAAAUGAUUAACUCUGCUUUUAACCCUGUCAGGGGCAUGAGCUCAUCUGGUGUUCCUCCCCCUACUGCUUGCUAUUUUAGAGCAGCAGCACAUGCCUUUCCAAUACUUACCUUAGUCGUGUUCCCCUGCUCAGACGUUGGUUGACUGACAAAUUACUAGUAUAACAUUUGUGGUUAGCUGAUACAUAUCUAGGAGUAGUAAGCUCUGGCAGGCGUCGGCAACACCUGGGCAGAGGAACAUGCCCCAUAGCAUGCUGGGAAUCAAUGUGUCAUGAAGCAUUAUGAUGGGGAAAUGGAGGUGAAAAUAUCAAAACGCACAUGACCGUCUCUUUCUGUUCCUCCAUGAGAUCAAUUGUUGUUCAGACUCCAUUGAUUGUCACAGGAAUUUUCUGCUUCGCUCAGGCUUGAAACAUGAUCCAAAAAAUCUAUUUCUUUAAACUAGCUUGGGCCAUGAGAUUUCUGACCACUUCAAUUGACUAGAAAACUCUGGGCCCAACUCACAGCCUAUGCAAAGUCUGCCUGCCUUGUUGGUGAAGCAGUCCCUGGCGCUUUCUCAAUUGUAACAAUUCUUACCCUCUUCAUUUUCUCUGUUUGUUUGCACUGAUUAGAAAAUAUUUGGCAGGUGAAAAUAUGGUAGAAGCUCAUCAGUAGGCUGGCAAGCUUUCACCUGCUCAGUUCUUUCAGAUCAGCGCAAUGCAGGGAAGGAAACAAGGACAGAUUUUAGACAAUUGAGAAAGAGCCCCUGAAACUGGUGUGCCUUGAACAUGUUGCCCUAUAGUUGUGGGAAGAGGGGUGUGUACUGUUGUGACGCUUAGAUUUGGCAUAGAACCCUGAUACCGGUCCUAUUCAUCUUCAAUAUUUAAAAUUUAUGGAGGAAACGGACCUACUCCAGUAACCCAUUUCCAGUUGAAUUGAGCACUUGCUUUAGAACGGAAAAGGAGGUUUGAUGAAGCUUAAUGUCCCAGUUUGUGAAAACUCCGGCCAAGGCCCUAAUAUACUCCGUUGUUGACACUUGAAGGUGUACAGCUAAAUAAAUUGUCAGGUACUAUCCCAAAAAUCUUGGGAGUCUUACUACUGCUGCUUGACUUGUCUUAUUGACAGUGUUUUUGAGGUGUAUUUGGUGAAGGGAUAGUAACUGUUCUUUUUACAAAAUCUUGAUUGAGAUUCUUUACUUGAGUUGAAUACAGAGCUCUAUUUUUCCACUUGGCAAAAUGUUGAAUGAAAUAAAGUGAAAACCAAAACA